CUUCGAUAUAUCUCGAGCAUGGCAACCAGCAGCUGAUCGUGAUCAGCCAGUGAGUUCUCAUAUUGACGAACUUUUGUAGUCCUUUUGCGACUAAUUUUCGCGAUCGAUUUAAUUUUUCAUCGUGAAAAAAAUGACCGAAGGCGGGGAGAAGCUAACUGGUUUAGCAAAACACUUUAAUAGCCAGACCAUGCAUGGUCGCGCGAACGUGACGAAGGCGACGUACGCUGGCAUAGGACUGAUCGUUUUGUACUUUUACUUGAAGCCGAAGAAAAAGACGUAAUUCAGAUGAUAUGAAACUGUAGUUACAUUUUACAUUAUGUAAUACAAUACGUUGUGUGGUAACUCUCCUUCAAAUUCUUCAAAUAAAUAGUUAAAUUAUCUUUUAUAGAUCUUUUUUGUUUAUUGCUUGAUGCUUGAUUCUGUGAACGAUGUGAUAUGUUGCCAUGGGUAACCAUUAAUUACCAAGAUAGCAUAUGUCAUAAUUUGCAGUAACAUAGUCUCAAGUGAAUACAGUAAUUCUGUAUCUAUUGUUUAAUAAUUCUUUGCUAAAAUAUAAAAAAUUAGAAAAAGAAACAAUUAUACUGUAUAAUGAUUGAAUAAUAUAUUCAGUGGAGUAUAUUCCAUUAAUAUAUUUCACUAUAUAUUUUGUUUGUUUAAUUAAUAUCUUCAAAAUUUUGUAUAAUUUAAUCCGCUUUAUUAUAUCAUCAUCUUGUUCAAUAUUUUAAGAAAGUAUAUAUAUAUAUAUAUAUAUAUAUAUAUAUAUAUAUAUAUGAAUAUCUUAUCGCAAUCAUGGAAAUACAAUUGCAAUCAUGGAAAUUCCUUGUAAUGAUAUAUUAAGAUACUCCAUCAUAUAAAUUAGCUUAUUUGUUAUCAAGGGCUGAAUUGUAAUUCACAUGUUUGAGAGAUUCAUUAAAUUUAUUUUAUGUACAAUAAAAUUUAUUUAAAACA